UCGUAUAAAAAGCAAUUUCACCAACACUAUUUCUCCUCAACACCUUCCAUCUCUUAUCUCUCAAUCUCUUUCCCAUUCUAAAAAACAAUGAAAGAAAUAAAAAACUAUUUCUCACCUUCAAAUCCAAACUCUUCAAAACCUAAAAAAACAGAGACAAAGAAACAGAGCAAGGUGAAGAAAAACAGAGACUGCAACAGCCACCCGGUUUAUCACGGCGUUCGAAUGCGAAGCUGGGGAAAAUGGGUAUCGGAAAUCCGCGAACCUCGCAAAAAAUCACGAAUCUGGCUUGGAACUUACGCUACUCCUGAAAUGGCAGCUAGAGCGCAUGAUGUUGCUGCUUUGAGUAUAAAGGGUCAUUCAGCAAUUCUUAACUUCCCCGAAAUAGCGCACAUGCUUCCAAGACCAACAACGUUGUCUCCACGUGACAUUCAAGUUGCAGCUGCAGAAGCUGCUGCCAUGGUGGAAUUUGAUUCUCAAAUAUUGCGCUCAACAAUCUCACUCAGCUCUGAAGUCUCUGACUCACCUUCAUAUUCAUCAGAGUCUACAGAGCUUAGUGAGAUUGUUGAGCUUCCUAAUAUAGAAGAGAGUUAUAACUCGGUUGAGGUGAGAAGUGAGUUUAUGUUGAUUGACUCGGUUGAAAGUUGGUUGUAUCCGUCAGUAGAAAGUUUAUGUGACAUGAUGGUUGAAGAACAGAGUUUUUUGUUAUAAUAAAAAGAACAUAGUUUAGUUGUGAUAUUCAGCAAUGCCAUAUUUGGUUUAGGGUUUUGUGAAGUUUAGAUUAUUGUUGGUUUGCCUCACUUUCAUCAGUGUAAUAUAAGUACCCUUCAACUGAAUUUCAUCACUCUUUCUUCUUC